AUGCCCACCAUCGUGCCCACCAUCGAGCAGAUUGAAGACUAUGUUCAGUCUGUUGAGGAGCUGCUCUACUCCUCACUGCAAGCGGUGACCCCGGACCUGCCGCUAGUCGGCCAAGCCAUCCAUCGUCUGUGGGAGGACGUCGCUCGAUUCGGCCCUCAAUCACUGCCUACUCUCCCGGAGCUGCAUAUUCCUGGACUCGGUACCUUUGAAGUUCCUCCACCGCCGCCUCCUCCUCCUCCUCCUCCUCCUCCGCAGUCGUUGUGGGAUUAUUCCACUAAAUGGGCCGCCCGACAUCCAUGGACAUCCACGCUCGCUCUCGGUGCAGUUGGCACGGGACUCCUAGUGGGCUACGGAUAUUAUAGGACUGGUGCUAGACCUGUGAGGGUGCGGGCUACGGCCUCAUCAGAGAAGAGACAAGUAGUCGGCCCUUCAGUUGUGCUGGGGGGAGACUCGCCUUUGGGCCUCCCGCUCAUUUCGGAGCUCGAACGGAUAGGCUACGUCGUAAUUACUAGUGUCUCUACCGCAGAGACUGUUGCCGAUAUUGAGCGCAAAUGCCACGGCUAUGUUCGCGCCCUAGUUUUGGAUCCGGCAGAGCCCGACACCAUCCCGUAUUUCCUUCGGUCGUUGUCAUCAACGCUCUCGCGGCGUUUCCCUAUUAACGCCGCCGGCGAUCCUCACGCAUCUCCUUCGUCUCAUCUCCACAUCCACUCAGUCAUCUCGCUACUCACACUCCCAUCCCCCGAGGCCGCUCCUCUGCCUGCUCCGCUGGAACAUCUCGCGCUCCGUGACUCCUACUCGACUUACUUACAGACCACCCACAUUAUCCCCCUGCAGCUGCUACAAGCCAUGAUGCCGCUACUGCGCUCCUCUCCUGCGCGUGCUCGUGACGCGCUCGCGAACAACCUCGGCAAGAAGAGCAUUAUCGUCUGUCUGCCCGUGACUGACGCCCGGGUUGGUGUGCCAUUCGGGUCCGCCCAGGCAAUGAGUGCAGCGGCGACUUUGCGUGGGGUUGAGGUUCUCCGGCGCGAGAUACGCAUGGCGGCGCUGACUGACGACUCUGCUUCCAUGAAGAACAUCAAGGUCGUGGUCGUCGAUGUCGGUGCCAUCGGCGUGCCGGAUGCGUCCCAAGAAGACCCCGGGGAUGCCUUGAAUGCUAUGGAUGACUGGACCCCAAUGGAGAAGCUGGCGUACGGCUCGGCAUUCUCUGCGGUAGUUGAGGAGGGGUCACAUGUAGGAGUGCACCGUGAGCCGACGGACGUUUCGAUUUUCGUGAGCACGGUCAUCGACGUUGUAAGCGGCGGGCGGAAGAGUCGGCCUGCUACAUUUGGCGCGGCCAUCCUGCUUGGUCUCGGAAGGCUCAGGGAGUGGAUUCGUGGCGAUCGGGUCCUUGUCGGUGCUGGUGCAAGGACGUAUGCUCUGGCAUCACAUCUCCCCGCUAUUGUCUUGGAUACUCUGCUGAACAUGCCUCAUUUUCUCAUUUCCGCUCGCAAUGCGCUCCUUCCCAUUCAGCCUCAUCUAAUGCCACCAGCCACUGCUAUCCCGCCUGUCCAACAGGCGCACGUAGUGAGUGCUACGACGGAGCCAAAAGCUGAGGUCAAGCAUUCGACCAUUCAUUCGGACCCAGAACACCAGGAGGAGGAGGUAUCCGAGACUGGUUCCGAAGCGGAUGUCGAAAGUAACGAAGGUUCUGGUGUUACUGGAUCCUGGAUCAGUGUCAGGGAUGAGUGCAUGUGGGUCCCUACAUUUCCCACGUGUGUACUCACCAUCGCCCCUUAUCCGAUUGCCAUUUGCCGACCACCGUUAUGGAGCAUAGGAACGUCUCUGUGGCUUGUGCCCACCGCCAGUGAGGCCGCGCGGCUCGAGCGUGUGAUGCAGAUCAAGUCCGCCUCAGCCAAAUCGCCCUCCUCGUUCGUAGACUUCGAUCCGCACGUCACGCUCACCACGAUCCCCACCACCCCCGACGCGGAAGCGAUCCUGCGAGCUGCGAUACCGGCGGGUCAGGCAGCCAUCCCGCUCAAAUUCAGGUCGGUCGACGUCGGCGAGAAGUACUUCAUGUCGGUGUACGCGGUGGUGCACGAGUCGGAUAGACUCGCGGAGCUGCGCGUGCACUUGAGGGCGGUGCUCGGCUCGCCGACGGUUCCGCCUGUCCCUCAUGUGUCGUUAUACUACAUCGACAACGCGGACCGGGACGAGCGUGCCCGCGUCGCAGAGGAGCUAAGGCGUGCUGGGAGGAUCGUCGAUCAUGCUGACGGGACAGGCGUCACCUUGAACGGCGCGGAAGAUAUCAAGCAGGCGACAGAAGCUGAUCUGCUCAAUGGUAUUCACGGCGAAGCGAUCUGGAUUGUGAAGUGCGAAGGUCCUGUACCUGGGUGGGAAGUGCUACAAAAGAUUGAACUUGCCUGAUAUCCACAGUACGUUCGUAUAAGGUUGACCAGCUCCGUGGAUUUACGUACUUGUCACAUUCACACCCGUGAAAUGUAUAUCAGCAUCGACUGGGAAA